AAUAUGCGGUGGUCAGUCGCUUGCGAAUCUCAGCGGCAGCGUGGCGCCGCAGCCAUCUAACGACAGACUUGCGCACGCGCAACACAUACAGACGAACUCGUAAAACGUAGCACUAGAAUUUUUAAUAAAAAAUGAAAUUGAAAGCUAAGUAAUAUUGUUGUUAAAAUUUAAAUUUUUGACUAAAUUUAUUAUUAGUAAAGAUUAAAUUGAAAAUAUGGCAGUGAUAGUGCUAAAAUUUUUGGACGUGGUGCCGGCGCGCCUCAACCUGUGGGUGAUGAUGUUCACGGCGUGCUGGGCCUCCUACAUGCUGCGGGUCAACAUGAGCAUGAACAUCAUCGCCAUGGUGCCGCAGCUGCCCAGGAAUGACACAGCUCACGCGUCGCAAUGUGGGACGCCCCCGGAUGCACUCAUCUCCAAUCAGACCAUUAUGCUCCACGAAGACAUAUCGGAUGUGAGACAGGCGCCCAGACCGGUACCGCAACUGGCGUCGUUUAACUGGACGGCCGACCAGCAAGCGUUGAUCCUCGGGUCGUACUUCUGGAGCUACCCGGUGACGUCGCUGCUGGGAGGGCCGGCGGCGGAGCGCUGGGGUCCUCGCUAUGUGGUUCUCAUCAGCAUGGUGGCCGGCUCGCUGCUCACGAUGGUCAGCCCGGCCGCGGCGAGGCUACAUUAUAUCGCACUCAUCUUGGUUCGGUUCCUGAUAGGAAUCACUGGUGGUUUCAUUUACCCAGCCCUCCACGCGCUGGUGGCGCGCUGGGUGCCGCCGGCGGAGAAGGGCAAGUUCAUCAGCGCCAUGAUGGGCGGCACGCUGGGCACGGUGGUGACCUGGUCUCUAGCCGGCCCGCUCAUGGAGCGCUGCGGCUGGGCGGCCGCCUUCUACGUGCCCGCGGCGCUCAGCCUGGCCUGGUGCGGCUUCUGGUGGUACCUGGUCGCGGACACCCCCGCCGACCAUCCCAGGAUCUCGGAGAAGGAGAGGAAUUAUAUCGAGGACGCGCUCGGCGGCAAGGUGCAAAAGUCCAAGGGACUCCCGCCUCUAAAGAGCAUCUUCACCUCGAUCCCGUUCUUGGCCAUGACAGUUCUGCACUACGGCAACAUGUGGGGCCUCUACUUCAUCAUGACCGUGGGCCCCAAGUUCGUCUCCAGCGUGCUAGGCUUCGAGCUCAGCGCCGCCGGAGUCAUAUCUGCGCUCCCGUAUUUAGCCAGGAUGCUCUUUGCUGUCAUGUUCGGGUUUGUCGGUGACUGCAUUCUGGGGAGAAAGAUGAUGACUAAUACAGCUAUUAGGAAGUUCUUCUGUACCUUCUCGCAUAUACUUCCUGGCGUGUUGCUGGUGCUGUUGGUAUACAGUGGGUGCUCUACGGCUCUGUCUGUGGCCCUGAUUACGUUGUCGAUGGGCUUCAACGGCGCGGCCACGCUCACCAACCUGCAGAACCACCAGGACCUGGCGCCCAACUUCGCGGGCACGCUGUAUGGCAUCGCCAACUUCGUUGGCAGCACCGCCGGCUUCUUCACGCCGAUGAUCACCGCUGCUUACACUAGACAUGGGAACGGCUAUGAGCAAUGGCGUCCAGUGUUCUUCAUCGGUGCGUCAGUGUACAUAGUAUCGGCCAUCUUCUUCAUAAUCUUCGGAACAGCCGACACACAGCCCUGGAACACCGUCCCGGACAAGGCAGGUGCUACGGAGAAAUCCAAGAACGGAGAACUGAAAGAAAUUAAGGAAACCUCGGUCACUGUGUCAUAAAUUAAGCAACUAUAAUAAGUACCUAGUAGCUAAACAUUUUUGUACUUUUUCAAAAUCAUGAAUCAACUCAAUGAAAAUGGUAGUGGUUUGUGCUACAAAAGUGUAUAAUUACUAAAGAAGCUGACUGUCCUUUGGGUUCUUGUAGGUUGAGAGGAAACCUCGUAGAUAUACGUAAUUAAGAAUAUGAUUCCAAUACUAUGUGCAUUAUUAUAAUUAUGUAGUGUAGGUAAUUUUGGUUAGUUUUAAGAAAUAUGACUUGUUUUAAACUGAUUAUUAAGUAUGUUAAAUAAGAUAUUAUAUUAUGUUAUAUAACUAUAUUGAACAUUUGAAUGACUUCUUAUUUAUUUUGACAAUUGGUAAUUUUUCAAUUCAGUAAAAGUCUGAAAUUUAAAACAGUUUUGUCUCCUCGCAUUUAGACUAUUGUGGGAAUCUGUGAUUUUGGUUACCAAACAAAUGUUAGUUGGUAAGUUACUUUUUUUAAGUUAUAAAUUAUUAAUAUAAUUAUGAUGUAUAUUAUGACUAUGCUAAGUACUUGUACACAUUCGGUAUUAAACUAUAUUUUGUAUAACAGACAUACAGAUAACAGAAAAACCCCAGUAUUUUGUAACGUUUACUAGGUACUACUUAUAAUAAAAUAUCUCGUGUGAUUAAGUACUUACUUACUUCAAAUUCUAUGUUUCACUAGGUUGCGUUUAUCCGCACAAACUAUACAAAUAACAGGCUGAUACGAUAUACGUAGGUAUUAAGUACUACUCAAUGCCCUUUUAUUAAUUUUUACAUGAUUUUCUCAUUAGUUAGGGAAUCAUUAUUUACUAUGUGUGUUUGUGCUAUAUUACUUAUAUUUUUUAUUGAAUUUAUGGAAAUUGAAUAGGGGCUGAAGCUAUAUUAUUUUUGUCCAAGUUCAUGCCCCUAUAAGUUAUUGGUAUUAUGUAUAUUAAUUAGUAGGUACUUAGAGACAAUGUAUUAGACUAUGACAGAUUUUAUGGUAUUGUUUUGUGAUGAAAUUUUGAAAUGUAUGUAGGUAACUAAUAAUGUAUUUUAUAUGAAAGCCAUGGUACUUAUUCUAUUUGUAUUAAAUAUGUGCUAUAUGUUUGGUGUGAAUAUAAAUAUGCCUUUUAUAAUUA